GUCAGUCUCCUCUCCUCUCGGCCAAUCAGGUUGCUCCAUAUUACUGUACUUCACCCGGCCAGCUGCCCCUCGCUCAGGUAGACGGGACGUACCGCGGAAAGUCUUCUCUCCGGACCUGCACUCACCUUGCGUUGUCCAUCAUGGCGGUGAACGACACGGCAGACAUCUUGAGCUCCGCCUACCUAGCGGUGGAGUACGUGGAUGCAGUGUUGCCAGAAAACCCCUUCCAGCCCUCCCUGAAACAUGCCUGGGGCUACAUGCUGGACAACUACACCAAGUUCCAGAUCGCCACCUGGGGGUCGCUCAUCGUCCAUGAGUUCAUCUACUUCCUGUUCUGCCUGCCCGGUUUCCUCUUCCAGUUCAUGCCCUUCAUGCAGAAAUACAAGAUCCAACAGGACAAGCCGGAGACCUGGGAGAAACAGUGGAGAUGUUUCAAGAUGCUGCUGUUCAACCAUUUCUGUAUCCAGCUGCCUCUGAUCUGUGGGACUUACUACUUCACCGAGUUCUUCAACAUCCCUUAUGACUGGGACUCCAUGCCACGCUGGCCGUACGUCGUGGCUCAGUGCUUCGGCUGUGCUGUUGUUGAAGAUACCUGGCACUACUUCCUGCACCGCCUGCUGCAUCACCGCAGGAUCUACAAAUACAUCCACAAAGUCCACCACGAGUUCACCGCUCCGUUCGGCAUGCAGGCAGAAUACGCUCAUCCUGCUGAGACUCUCAUCCUCGGUGCUGGUUUCUUCAUCGGCAUCAUGAUCUUCUGUAACCACGUGUUCUUCCUGUGGGCCUGGGUGUCCUUCCGCCUGCUGGAGACCAUUGAUGUCCACAGUGGCUACGACAUCCCUCUGAACCCGCUCCACCUGAUCCCGUUCUACGCCGGCACCCGUUUCCACGACUUCCACCACAUGAACUUUGUUGGGAACUACGCCUCCACCUUCACCUGGUGGGACAAACUGCUGGGGACGGACAACCAGUACAACAAGUACAUGCACAAACAGGAAGACAAGAAGGAGCAGUAAACCACUCGUGCCUCAGUUCACACACACAACUGGUCUGUCAGGAGGAGGGUGGAAGAGGCUGUGAGUUGUGCAGACUCACAGUGAGCACACCAACAGUGUCCUCUCGGUACACUUAAUGAAACACACCCACACAUUAAAGGUGUACUUUAAAUGAAUCAGGACUACUGUGGUUUGAUUCUGAAUCGGACUACAUGUUGACUUCAGUCCGUCUUCUGUGCCUUUCUGCAAAAAGAAGUAUUGUUGUCUGCUUCUAUCAACAGCUGUCGGCUGAAUAAAAACCAUCAACAUCCUCA